AUGGUCUCCCCCAUCCUCGCCCGCUCCGCCUUCCGCGCCGCCACCCAGGCCACUUCUCGUAACGCCGUUGUCCAGGGCACCCGCCAGUUCUCCGUCAUCCAGUCCAUGCGCCAAUGGGCUCGCAAGAUGGAGUUGCACACCCCCUACGAGCGCAUCCCCACUCAGACGGGCGCUGCUGGUGCCGAUUGGGGUGCUUCUGCUAAGAGGAUCACUAAGCAGACUGCUGUCUUCCCCUUCGUCGCCGCCUCCAUCCUCGGCUGGCCUUUGCUUGCUAAGACGCUGCUUGAUGGUCACAUCUAA